AUGUCUGGAUACUAUCAUACUCUUAAUGAAUUGGUAAAAGCACUUAUUCAGGCAGAAAAAAAAACAAUUACCGCAUUUAGUGAAUAUUGUAGACAGGUCAGUAUUAUCAAUCAGAAUUUAAUGCAGUCAAUUUGGCAUAGUGGCCCUCCGGCUAUGCAUUGGUUAGUCCGAG